AUGGGCAGACUUGGAGGGAGUCCAGUGGCCUUCCUGCUCUGGAUGGUCCUGCUCUGGAGUAGGGGCAGCCAUGGCCAGGUACAGAGAGCAGGUUGCAAAAGUGUGCACUAUGACCUGGUUUUCCUCCUGGACACCUCUUCCAGCGUGGGCAAGGAGGACUUUGAGAAGGUGCGGCAGUGGGUGUCCAACCUGGUGGACACCUUUGAGGUGGGCCCCGACCGCACACGCGUGGGCGUCGUGCGCUACAGUGACCGGCCCACCAUGGCCUUCGAACUGGGCCGCUUUGGUUCAAGGGAGGAAGUCAAGACGGCCGCGCGGCUACUGGCCUACCACGGGGGCCACACCAACACGGGGGACGCGCUGCGCUACAUCACCAGCCACAGCUUCUCCCAGCAGGCUGGUGGCCGGCCCGGCAAUCGCGCCUUCAAGCAGGUGGCUAUCCUGCUGACCGACGGCCGCAGCCAGGACCUGGUACUGGACGCCGCCAAGGCCGCGCACCGGGCGGGCAUCCGCAUCUUCGCUGUGGGUGUGGGCGAGGCACUGAAGGAGGAGCUGGAGGAGAUCGCCUCGGAACCCAAGUCCGCACACGUCUUCCACGUGUCCGACUUCAAUGCCAUCGACAAGAUCCGUGGCAAGCUGAGGCGUCGCCUGUGUGAAAACGUGCUCUGUCCCAGUGUCCGUGUAGAAGGAGAUCGCUUUAAGCACACCAGUGGGGGAAGCAAAGAGAUCACAGGUUUUGACCUGAUGGAUUUGUUCAGUGUGAAGGAAAUCCUGGGGAGACGAGAGAAUGGUGCCCAGAGCUCCUAUGUUCGGAUGGGAGCCUUCCCCGUGGUGAAGAGGACUGAGGACGUGUUCCCACAAGGUUUGCCUGAUGAGUAUGCCUUUGUCACAACCUUCCGGUUCCGGAAAACAUCUCGGAAAGAAGACUGGUAUAUCUGGCAGGUCAUCGAUCAAUAUGGCAUUCCCCAGGUGUCCAUCCGGCUGGACGGUGAGAACAGGGCAGUGGAGUACAAUGCUGUGGGUGUUAUGCAGGACGCUGUCAGGGUGGUCUUCCGCGGACCCCAGGUCAAUGACCUCUUUGACCGCAACUGGCACAAGAUGGCCCUAAGCAUCCAGGGCCACAACGUGUCCCUCUACAUUGACUGCAUGCUGGUGCACACACUGCCCAUUGAGGAAAGGGAGAACAUCAACAUCCAGGGCAAGACUGUGAUCGGAAAACGUCUCUACGACAGUGUGCCCAUCGACUUUGACCUUCAGUGGAUUGUUAUUUACUGUGACUCUCGGCAUGCUGAGCUGGAGACCUGCUGUGACAUCCCUUCUGGUCCGUGCCAGGUGACCAUUGUCACGGAGCCUCCACCCCAACCCCAGCAGCCUCCCACCUCUAGCAAUGAACAGAUAGGAUUUUUGAAGACUAUUAACUGUUCCUGCCCAGCUGGAGAGAAGGGUGAAAAGGGAUUAGAUGGCCCUGUGGGACUCCCCGGUCCAAAGGGGGACGUGGGGAUCCCUGGGCUGCUGGGAGCACCAGGACCUAAGGGAGAGAAAGGAGACUCCGGCAGAGGGCCUUUUGUACAAGGAGAGAAGGGUGAAAAGGGCUCCCUGGGCCUGCCUGGUCCCCCUGGGAGAGAUGGCAGCAAAGGCAUGAGGGGGGAGCCAGGGGAGCCAGGGGAGCUGGGGCUGCCAGGUGAGGUAGGCAUGCGGGGGCCCGAAGGACCACCUGGACAUCCCGGAUCCCCCGGAUAUGUGGGAGCUCCUGGUCUCCAAGGAGAACGGGGUGAAAAGGGGUCCCGAGGAGAAAAGGGGGAGCGAGGCCUGGAUGGAUUCCCUGGGAAGCCAGGGGAGGCAGGACAACAGGGGAGAUCAGGUCCUCCUGGCGCAACAGGACCCCAAGGAGAAAAGGGGGACGUGGGACCUCCAGGACCCCCUGGUGUACCGGGCUCUGUGAUGCAGAAAGCAGGACUGAAGGGCGAGCAGGGAGCUCCAGGGCCUCGAGGUCACCAGGGCCCACCUGGGCCACCAGGAGCUCCGGGUCUAACAGGCCCAGAAGGCAAGGAUGGAAGCCCUGGUUUGCAAGGUCUUCGAGGGAAGAAAGGUGAGGAGGGACCUCCUGGAACUCCCGGCCUGCUGGGACCACAGGGUCCCCCAGGACUGCCUGGUGUCCCAGGACCCCCAGGGCCCGGAGGUCCCCCGGGUUUACCUGGUGAGAUUGGCUUCCCAGGAAAACCUGGCCAUCCAGGACAAGUGGGGCCACCUGGAAAGGAUGGACUGAAUGGGGCUCCAGGUCUCCCGGGACCCAAGGGUGACCCAGGAGAAAGAGGAGAAGAUGGUCUAGCUGGAAAACCUGGCCUUCGGGGUGACGUUGGGGAGCAGGGACUGGCAGGCCGGCCUGGAGAGAAGGGAGAGGCAGGUCUACCUGGGUUCCCAGGUGUGAGAGGAGAGAAAGGAGACCAGGGAGAAAAAGGUGAACUGGGGCUUCCAGGACUGAAAGGCAGCCGGGGUGACAAGGGUGAAGCUGGUCCAGCAGGUCCCCCUGGAUUACCGGGAACUACCUCCCUGUUCACACCACAUCCGAGAAUACCGGGAGAGCAGGGACCCAGAGGAGAGAAAGGCGAUGCGGGCCAGCCUGGGGAGCCGGGACCACAAGGCCAUCCUGGAGAACUAGGGCCUCGGGGACCCCCUGGAUCACCGGGCACCAAGGGGCAAGAAGGAACUCGUGGGGCACCCGGAGCAGCUGGAAACCCGGGUGCUCCCGGGUCUGUAGGUCCCCCCGGUCCUAGUGGGCCCCCAGGAAGUAUGGGCCCCCCUGGCGCCAGAGGGACUCCUGGGAAAGACGGAGAGAAGGGAGUGGCAGGUGAUGACGGGAGUCCAGGGCCAGCUGGGCCUAGGGGGGAUCCCGGAGUCCCUGGGCCUCCUGGGCCAUCUGGAAAAGGGAAAGAUGGAGAGCCGGGACUCCGUGGUCCACCUGGAUUGCCUGGACCCCUGGGAACCAAGGCAUCAGUCCUUUCUGUGCGAGGUUAGGAAAACCUGUCCCCAGGAGGGCCUUGCAUUAAAGGGGACCGAGGAACUCCUGGGAUUCCUGGCUCUCCUGGCAGCCGUGGUGACCCGGGCAUUGGUGCUGCUGGCCCUCCGGGCCCUAUUGGACCACCAGGAGAGAAGGGACCAAUGGGAUCUCGAGGCUUACCUGGGUUCCCAGGGCCCCAGGGACCAGCUGGGCAGGACGGUGUGCCAGGAAAUCCAGGAGAAAGGGGCCCUCCUGGCAAACCAGGCACCUCACCACUGCUGUCUCCAGGGGACAUCAAUCUCUUGGUCAAGGAUGUGUGCAGUGAUUGUCCUCCUGGUCGCCCAGGCCUCCCUGGUCUGCCAGGCUUUAAAGGAGACAAAGGACUCCCAGGAAAACCAGGGAGAGAAGGGCCAGAAGGAAAAAAGGGGGAUGCUGGACCCAGAGGUCUCCCGGGACCCCAAGGGAUACCUGGACCUCAGGGAAGUAACGGAGAGCGUGGUACAGAUGGUGAGGUUGGACAGAAAGGUGAUCAGGGUCAUCCUGGAAUUCCAGGUUUCAUGGGACCCCCAGGGGACCCUGGACCAUCCGGAGCAGAUGGCAACACGGGAGCUGCUGGACCACCAGGAAUCCAAGGAGCUCCGGGGAAAGAAGGUCCUCCUGGCCCCCAGGGCCCAUCUGGAUUACCUGGAAUUCCAGGAGAAGAAGGUAAAGAGGGAAGAGAUGGAAAACCAGGCCUUCCUGGAGAUCCAGGCAAAGCUGGAGAGCCAGGCCUACCAGGACCAGAGGGGGCCCGAGGACCACCUGGCUUCAAGGGACACACGGGCGAUUCUGGUGCACCUGGUCCCCGGGGAGAGCCUGGGACCAUGGGGCCCCCUGGCCGGGAAGGGUCUCCAGGAAAAGAUGGUGACACUGGACCCAUGGGACCACAGGGGCCCCGAGGACUUAGGGGCCCUCCGGGUAAGAACGGCUCACCUGGAUCUUCAGGAGAUGCUGGCCCUCCAGGAAGCCCAGGCCAGAAAGGCAGCAAAGGAGAAAAUGGCAGUCCAGGACUUCUUGGCUUCCAGGGUCCCCGAGGGCCUCCGGGAGAACCUGGAGAGAAAGGCGUCCCAGGCAAGGAGGGUGUUGCAGGGAAGCCUGGAGAGCCAGGGUCCAAAGGAGAACAGGGAGACCCUGGGACCAAAGGAGAUAAGGGACCUCCUGGUGGGAAGGGCCAACCUGGGGAUCCUGGAAUCCCGGGUCACAAAGGCCAUACCGGUCUGAUGGGUCCCCAGGGACUGCCAGGGGAGAGCGGACCAGCAGGACCCCCGGGGGCUCCAGGCCAGCCAGGAUUCCCAGGACCCAGGGGAGAGUCUCCGUCCACAGACACCCUGCGGCGGCUUAUUCAAGAAGAGCUCGGAAAACAGCUGGAAAACAGACUUGCCUAUCUCCUGGCUCAGAUGCCUCCAGCACACAUGAAGGCAUCCCAAGGCAGACCUGGGCCCCCUGGGCCCCCUGGAAAAGAUGGCCUUCCAGGCCAGGCAGGCCCCAUAGGGGAGCCAGGCAGACCCGGGCAGGGCGGCCUUGAAGGACCCUCUGGACCACUGGGUCCCAAAGGUGACCGAGGAGCCAAAGGUGAUCCAGGUGUGCCAGGAGUUGGCCUGCGAGGCGAGAUGGGACCCCCUGGAAUCCCAGGCCAACCAGGGGAGCCUGGCUAUGCGAAAGAUGGACUUCCUGGGAGUCCUGGCCCUCAAGGGGAGACAGGACCAGUGGGACAUCCUGGGCCCCCAGGCCCACCUGGUUCCCCUGGACAGUGUGACCCCUCCCAGUGCGCCUACUUCGCCAGCCUUGCUGCUCGGCCAGGUAAUGUGAAGGGUCCCUAG